UAACUAUUGAUAAUAGUCUGCAUUUUCAAAACUUGCUCAAAAAGUCUAAUCUUAAAACCUGAGAAUAUUUAAAAAAAACCGUAGCAUUGGCUCGUUAGAUUAAAUGAUAAUAUUUCCUCUGACCAUUCGUGUGUAAUUUGUAUAGAUUACGUGUCUAUAGUUAAUUAGGCUUCUACAUAAAAACUUGUUUAUAAUUCUGUACCUAGCGAUUGUGUUCAUAUUUCAUAUUAUGUAUUCAGCACUAGAGGACGAAGUAAAAGAAAUCGAAACCAAAAUAUUAAAUCACGAAGCUUAUGCAAAACCAUAUAAAUGGUCACCACGAGACUUCGAGCUUGGUGUACCACUAGGACAAGGAAAGUUCGGUCGUGUUCACGUUGCAAGGGAAAAGAAGACUGGUAUUCUUGUAGCGAUAAAAGCACUUUUCAAAUCUCAAAUACAACAGUCUAGAUGUGAAAGACAAGUUUUAAGAGAAAUUGAAAUUCAAUCUCAUCUGAAGCAUCCUCAUAUUCUACGAUUGCUAACAUGGUUUCAUGAUGAGAAACGAAUUUUCCUUGUGCUGGAAUUUGCAGCUGGUGGUGAACUGUACAAACAAAUAACUAGUGCUCCAAACCAUCGUUUGACUGAAAGUGUAGCAGCAAAGUAUAUUUACCAGGUGGCAGAUGCAGUUGAAUAUUGUCACAAACAUCAUGUUAUACACAGGGAUAUAAAACCAGAGAAUAUAUUAUUAGCAUUGAAUGGAGAUUUAAAAUUAGCUGACUUUGGGUGGUCAGUGCAUGCACCUUCGGAAAAGAGAAAAACAAUGUGUGGUACUCUGGACUAUCUACCACCAGAAAUGAUAAAAAGGGAAGUAUAUGAUGUAACAGUGGACCAGUGGUGUUUAGGUAUCUUGUUGUACGAGUUCUUGGUGGGGCAACCACCGUUUGAGAGUGAAGCGCAAGACAGAACAAAAGAAAGGAUAUUGGCGUUAGACCUUAGUUACCCGUCCUUUGUGUCAGAGGGUGCUAGAGAUCUCAUUUCUCAUCUCCUGCAAACCACAGGCAAGUAUAGAUUGUCAUUAGAUGGUGUAAAGAAACAUUAUUGGGUACAAAAAUUCUACAAAAAGGACUAAAAAUAUGACUCUUUAGUAGACAUACAUACUUAUGACUUACUAGUUAUUUCUUUAAAUUAAAUUACAUAAAUAAUUUUAUGCUAUGUAUUUUAUCAUUUAUAUGUUAUAAAUGGCUUAUUCUGUUUAAUAACAAUCAAGAACACAUAAUUGCUAAGUAUAUAAAUACUGCUGAAAGAAUAGUGACAGUAACUAGUAUACUCUCAAUCUUACUUUGUAAAAUAUAGGUAAUAAAAUUGUAAUUUAACAUAA